UUGUCAGUCGUUUGUCGAUUGCGAAGCGUACAAGAGGCUCGUAGUUCGUUUGGUGUUUUAAUAAUUGUGUUCUCAAUAAAGCUCCGCAUUUGAUUGAUUUCUCGAGUGACGCUUCAUUCACAAACUCAAUUAGCGCAAUUUCGUCACAGUUUCGGUUGAUACGUUAAGCAAAACACAUAUAAAAUAAUGCUGCAGUUGCGUUCGCUGGGAGCGCUGCUGCCGCUGCUGCUAUUGCUGCAGGAGCACGUUUCUGUGGAUGCCGGUCGACCGCUAAAAAUUCUGGGCUUGUUCCCCCACCCCGGCGUCAGUCACUUUCACUUCUUUCAACCCAUCAUGCAAGGUCUGGCCGAGGCAGGGCAUGAAGUCAGCGUCGUUAGCCAUUUUCCGGCUAAAAUUCCAACUGCACGCUACAAGGACUUCCCGCUAACAGGCAUAGAGAAGCUGACAAACAGCGUCGACUUGAAGUUCUUCGACAAGCGUCCCUUCUAUAAGCACUUCAUCGAGUUCUUUCUACUCUACGAAUGGGGCAAGGAGGCUUGCAAUUCGACCUUACGAUCGGAGGCUUUGCAGACGGUCAUGAAGCGCAAGGCUGGCUACUAUGACGUCAUUAUUUUGGAGCAGUUCAACACUGAUUGCAUGAUGGGCGUGGCACAUCAGCUGCAAGCACCAGUUGUUGCCCUAAGCAGUUGCUCCCUGCUGCCGUGGCAUUUCGAGCGCAUGGGCGCUCCGAUAAUCCCAUCGCAUAUUCCGGUCUUAUUUUUGGGUCAAUCGCAGGACAUGAACUUUGGCGAACGAUUGGCCAACUGGUUUACCUUCCAUACGCUCAACUGGAUGUACAAGCUCUUAUCGGUGCCCGCUGCUGAUGCAAUGGUUCAGUACAAGUUUGGCCACAAUAUGCCCUCGGUGGGUGAGCUGGCGAAGAACACCUCCGUUUUGUUUGUGAACACACACUACUCGCUGAGCGGUCCAAAGCCGCUGCCGCCCAACGUCAUCGAGCUGGGCGGCAUUCACAUCCAAAAGGCAAAUCCAUUGAGCGCUGAUCUGCAACGCCUGCUGGACAAUGCCGAGCACGGGGUGAUACUCAUCAGUUGGGGCUCCAUGAUACGCGCCAAUUCAUUGUCGCCGGAGAAGCGCGAUGGCAUUGUGCGUGCCGUGGCCCGUCUCAAGCAGCAGGUCAUCUGGAAGUGGGAGAACGAGACGCUCGAGAAUAAGCCGCCCAAUCUACACAUCAUGAAAUGGCUGCCACAGCGCGACAUUCUCUGCCAUCCCAAUGUGAAGGUCUUCAUGACCCAUGCCGGCCUCAUGGGCAGCUCCGAGGCGGCCUACUGUGGCGUGCCCGUCGUGGCCACGCCCAUGUACGGAGAUCAGUUUCUGAAUGCGGCUGCCCUGGUACAGCGUGACAUGGGCGUGCUGCUGCACUACGAGGACAUUGGCGAGAAUACGGUCAUGCGUGCAUUGAAGCGAGCGCUAGAUAAGAAACACGUGGAUGCUGCCAAGCUCGUCUCGCACUCGUUCAAAUAUAGACCGCAACAGGCACUGCAGCUGGCCAUCUGGUGGGUGGAGCAUGUGGCUCACACUGGCGGUGAUCCUCUAUUGAAAUCCAGUGCUGUUGAACUGUCCCGCUUUGUGUACUAUUCACUGGACUGUUAUGCUGUCGUUGGCCUCAUUCUGGCCAUGGUAGUUGGCAGUUGGAUCGCACUCAUACGACUCUGUUGCGGCAAGCAAUCCAAUAAAAAGAACAAAAGGGAUUAAAUCGAUUCGAUCCCUGGCUAAGUCUAUGUGAUAUUUUGUAUGUGAACGUCUGUUGUGGUUCUAUUAUAACUAGUGUAGUAACUCCUGCUUCCAGCUAUUCGUUUUGUAGUUUAUAUAUCUUGACCCAAAUUGUAUAUAUGUAUAUGGAAUGUAAAUUAAAAGUCUAAAACCAUAUUAUAAAUUAUCAAAAUAUCAUAUAUAUAUGUAUGUACAUUUUGGAAAUUUUUGGAAUAUUAUAAUAUGUAACGCAAUGUUUUAAGUUUCCCCAUUUGCUGAGGAGUAAAAAUGUCAGCAAAGGUAUAUUUCAAAUAUACAUCUAUUAAAAAACUA